CAUAUGAUUCAUACCACCGCCGUCGUCGUGCUGGAGCAGAACCACGACCUCGGCGGCCAGUGGCUCUACCAAGACACUGGCUCCGGCGCUGCCACAGUCCACAGCAGCGUCUACGCCUCCUUGCACCUCAACACGCCCAGAAUUUACACAGAGUUCAGCGACUUCAUGUUCACUCCCGUCGAAGGAAGAGACUCCAGGAACUUCCCCGGCCACCGCGAGUUCUUCCUCUACCUCAAAGACUUCGCCCGGUGUUUCGGGUUGAACGAACUCAUCAGGUUCAACACAGAAGUAGUCCACGUCGGCAUGGCGGCAGCAACUGGCAAAUGGAUUGUGAGAUCAAGGGACAGGAGAACUGAUGACGGUGAGUUCAUGGAAGAGAUCUUUGAUGCGGUUGUCGUCGCCACCGGCCAUUUCUCUCUACCCAGGCUCCCAAAAAUCUAGGGAAUGGAGGAGUGGAAGAGGAAGCAACUUCAUAGCCAUGUCUACAGAGUCCCAGAGCCAUUCCAAGAUGAGGUGGUAGUGGUCGUUGGUGGCUCAAUCAGUGGACCAGAGAUUGCUCUGGAGCUUCUUCAUGUUGCCAAAGAAGUCCAUAUAAGUACUAAACACGUCGAAAUCCCUCAUAAAUUAGUGAAGCCUGUGUCCAAAUAUGCACAUCUGCUCUGGCACCAAGAGCCAGACUCCGAGACUCACCUGCUAACUAUCCAAUUCAAAUGGAACGGCAUCUUGAAGUCCGUCUCCACUUCUCUAGUUGGAGUGAGCCUGGAAUUUGAAAUUGCAAUCUACACUAUUUUUUCGUCGACGGAGUCGAUAACCAUGUUGUUCUAGGCCCAUACUCUGUCAACAUAAAGUGCUACAGGCUGGGAAAGGAUACAAUUGGUUCUGUUUUCCCUGUUGCCAAAGAUUAGUCACACGCAGGCUUCAGUAAACGGUUUUCUUUCAACAAUUUGCCAUCACUUUGUUGUUUAUUGGACAGUAGACACAAUGAUAAAGCAGUGGAAAGAUUUUAUUAUCAUUUUUUUUGUUUUGCAAAGAUUCCAAAGCCUUAAUUUCUACCCCAUAUGAUAAAGCAGUG